AAAUGUUUCCCAUGUUUAAACUCUCCGAUUCUCCCAUAAGUUGUUGAACUUAUAUUGAAACUAUUUCUCCAAGUUUCCCAUAAGUUGUUUUUUUGGGGGUUGAUUGUUCGGAUGUUGUGAACAGGACAAGCUAUUGGACCAGACAAGUGUGACCCAUUUGUUUCAAAUUACCAAGCAUUUAGGUGUAUUGACUACUGGAGUGACCGCUGAUGCUAGGACCUUGGUCCAACAGGCUAGGAAUGAAGCUGCUGAGUUCCGUUUUAAAUAUGGUUAUGAAAUGCCAGUAGAAGUGCUUUCCAGAUGGAUUGCAGACAAAUCUCAGGUUUAUACUCAGCAUGCCUACAUGAGACCCCUCGGAAUUGUUGCGAUGGUUUUGGGUAUUGAUGAAGAAAAAGGACCCCAGCUCUUCAAGUGUGAUCCUGCUGGUCAUUUUUUUGGUCAUAAGGCAACUAGUGCUGGAUCUAAAGAACAAGAGGCAAUCAACUUUCUUGAGAAGAAGAUGAAAAAUGACCCAGCUUUCUCAUACGAGGAAACAGUUCAGACUGCAAUUUCGGCUCUUCAAUCAGUAUUACAAGAGGAUUUCAAGGCCAGUGAGAUUGAGGUUGGUGUGGUGAGACAGGAAGACACAUCUUUCAGAGUGUUAUCAACUGAGGAGAUUGAUGAACACUUGACUGCUAUCAGCGAGCGCGACUAAUUUUCACUGAUAAGUUCUCUCCACACACACACACACACAUUGCUCUUUAAUCAAUUAGGGAAUUCAAAUUUCAAAUUUUGUGUUGUGGUGCAACUUUCCCUUCAGAUAUUUAAACACCAUUUUACCAAGACCUGUUUUUUUACACAAGAACCUUAAAUUCUCAAAUGCAUGUCUUGUUUUUG